UGGUGCAGUAGGUAAGCAGCAGUCGUCCUUCGCGCAUGAAACUUGACUUAUCCUAAAAAAAAAAAAGAAAGAAAAGAAACGCCUCUUUCUCGCGUGCUCUCUCUUUCUAUCUCUCUCUCUCUCUCUUUUCUUGGUUGAGCUGGAGUGGAUUGACAGGUGCGCCGCAGGCAGGACGAGGUGCGCGAAUGCACACUGACACAUCCCGUCUGCGAACUUGCAGUCCCUCUCUGAGCACCGACCCCGAGUAGAACAGAGGCUGAGGAGAGGAAGCGCGCGCGCGCAGGCUUUCCUCCUCACCGCGCGCGCUCUUUCAGGCUGCGGUACAGAGCGCGCGGGACCGUCAGCGUCCUGUCCUUCUCGUUUCCAGCGCGAGGAGCUGUUUUCUUUCUUCCAGCAGAAGAAAGGGAAAUACUACGGUCCUGAUGUGAGCUGCGAAGCUUUAAGUAGAAAACUUUGGUGGGGGAAAAAAAAGUGAGGACCGGCUACGCAAACCGGCUCAGUGUGAUUAAAUGAGGCUUACUGCAGAAGUCCCCUGUGAUACUACAUCCUCUGGGACCCUCAGUGCUGUUUCUCAGAUGAACGCAGAAAUUCCCAUCAGCUAACUUCCCCUCAGAAGACGGUUUGUCAUCUGUUGACCAGCUUCUCAUCUAAAUGCCACCAUGCCCAUCAUCAGCAACACCAACCAUGAUUUUAGCAACCUGUCUGUCAGUGAUGACAGUAGCUUGGACCGCAUCUUCACUGAGAUCCCUGAAACAGAGACAAUCAAAGGUGUGUAUUACCAGCGUGCACGCCUCUUACGCCGGCCUGAGGAUUUGCUAUCCGUGGAUCACGCGCUACAGGCACUCAUCAACGUAGGGGGAAACCGCUACACACUGCCAUGGAGCACAUUGGAGCAGUUCCCAAUGACACGUCUGGGCAAGCUGCGAACAUGCAGGAGCCCUGAGGAGAUCGCUGGUGUGUGUGACGACUAUGACGAGGCACGCCACGAGUUCUUCUUUGACCGCAGCCCCAGCGCUUUCCGUGUCAUCUUAAAUUUCCUAGCAGCGGGUAAGCUGCGGAUGCUGCGUGAGACAUGUGCGCUCUCGCUGCAUGAUGAGCUGACCUACUGGGGUAUAGAGACGGCAUGCAUGGAGCGCUGCUGCAAGCGCAAAAUGUACAUGCGCCUCGAGGAGGUGGCUGAACAGGAACGUCGCAAGCAGGACGAGUUCAGGGGACGCAGUUCUCAGCAGCACCCCCCACAGGAUGACACAUGCUACCACAGGUUCAUGAGUCGCCUCAGGGACAUGGUGGAAAACCCUCAGUCAGGUCUGCCAGGGAAGUUGUUUGCCUGUUUCUCAGUGCUUAUGGUGGCCGUCACUGUCGUCAGCCUGUGCAUCAGCACCAUGCCCGACCUGCGAGAGGAAGAGAACAGGGGUGAGUGCUCUCAGAAGUGCUACCACAUGUUCAUCGUGGAGACCGUGUGCGUGGCGUGGUUUUCGCUGGAGUUUGUUUUACGCUUCCUGCAGGCACGCAGCAAGCUGGAGUUCCUACGAGGACCACUCAAUAUCAUCGACGCCAUGGCAAUCAUGCCCUACUACGUUUCCCUGGCUGUGGAUGAAGACGAGGAAGAGACGGGGAUAGACCAAGAACGCUCAUCCACAGGCAAGGGCUACCUGGACAAGCUGGGCCUCUUAUUGCGAAUGCUGCGAGCACUGCGCAUUUUAUACGUGAUGCGGCUAGCACGGCACUCACUGGGCCUGCAGACUCUGGGACUGACCGUGCGCCGAAGCACGCGUGAGUUUGGCCUUCUGCUUCUCUUCUUGUGUGUAGCCGUGACACUCUUCUCGCCACUUGUGCACCUGGCGGAGAGUGAACUAACUGGCGAUCAGGACUUCAGCAGCAUCCCCGCCACCUACUGGUGGGCCAUUAUCUCCAUGACGACAGUAGGGUAUGGCGACAUGGUGCCGCGUAGCAUCCCCGGUCAGGUGGUGGCGCUCAGCAGCAUCCUGAGCGGCAUCCUCAUCAUGGCUUUCCCUGCCACCUCCAUCUUCCACAUGUUCUCACGCUCCUACCAGGAGCUCAAACAGGAGCACCAGCGAAUCAUGAAGGAGGAGUGCGCUAAAGCCACAGCUGAGGCUGUGGACAGACUCGGGGAGGAGCCAGAAAGAAGCGGGGAUCAUCCUCCACCUAUACUGGCUCUCCAUCCAGAUCCUGAAAAGGCUGGAUCCACUGAGGGCACGUCUUUAUUAGUGAACAGUGCAGACUCGUCAGGGAAUAUCAGACACUUGUUACCAGUAGGACCCAUGUAGAGACUAUUGACACUAUUGAUAGUGUGGACUUUGUAGUGGUUCCUGAUCUUCUAACCUUUCACAUGAAGGAAAGGAUAUAAGGACCACUCUGUUUGGGAAAAAAAAUCAACAAAAAAUUCUAUAGAGACUUUCACCAUGUGAAUCAGGCUAUUUUGUCUUCCAUCAGCCAUCAGCUGACUAGUUCUAAUUGAAAUACUGCAGUUUACAUAUUCAGCUCGGAUCGAACACCUUUUUCAGAUUUAAUAAUUGGCCUCGAGCCUAUUAAACCAUGCAGAUGAUUUUUAUCGUCCCAAUUUGUCAUGGCUAUGGCUUUGUCAUGCUAUAAUGAUAGUAGCCUAGAUCAUUUUUGAUUUCUUGUGUCAUUGUGAGCUCUUCCUUCAGUUUAAUCCAAUUAAAAUCGACACAAGCUAGCAUAUUAUAUUGGUUUGUUCAAGAUUUAAUAUGAUACUGCUCUCACAUCAGUGCUACAUUUAUAUUGUCAAGAAAGAAAUAUAUUCUAGGCACAUUUAGUCUUGCGAUUCCUUUGUAGCAUUUUGGACACACAGCAGUGACUGACCCAUAAUGGAUCCAAAUAAAAGGCUGUAGUUAUCCCA